GAGUGGUCGUUGGGAGCUGUUCUCUCUCCGGGACCGUCACUGUACAGAGCCCUUCCCUUGGUCCGGCCCUUCCGCCAUGACCACCACGGCCACGUUCUCGGGCAUGGACCCCAAUGGCAGGAACAGCUCCAGAGUGCUGCGUCCUCCCGGUGGUGGCUCCAACUUCUCCCUGGGCUUUGAUGAGCCCAAAGAGCAACCCGUGAGGAGGAACAAAAUGGCAUCCAGCAUCUUUGGAACUCCUGAGGAGAACCCACCUUCCUGGGCUAAAGCAUCAGGGGCUAAGCCAGGUGAAACCAGAGACAGCUGUGAAUCCUCUGGACCACAAAGAACAAACUCAACUGAGGCAAACUGUGGAGACUUUGUAGAUCCCAAGGGAGGAGAUGUUGGUGGUGACAUUUUUGCUUCUUUUCUUCUAGAAAACACUGAGGCUGAUGUAGAAGCUGCCCCAGGUCAGAGUGAAGAAAAGUCCCUGCCUGCUGCACCUGUUCCUAGCCCAGUAGCACCAGCACCUGCACCCUCCAGGAGAAAUCCACCCGGUGGCAAGUCCAGCCUAGUGCUCGGUUAAACCUUUCCCUUCCUGACUGUUUUGAACUCGUGUCUGUUUUCUUUCCCCCAUGCUUGUGAUCUGCACAACUUGAGCCUGACUGUACAUCUCAAAUUUCGUUCAUUAAAAAGAAGCACUUUAUGUACUCCAUCUUUUUUUUUUUUUGAAAUUAAAGGUUUUUUUUCCACUUCUGUCCUGUGUUUCCCCCAGAUCUACUGGAAGUGACAUGAGUGUUUUCUAGUGAUAGACUUGAGGGAAAGCUUUAUGAAGUAUUGUAAUGUAAUUCAAAGGAGAGUAGCUUGGUUCUAAGUGUGCUUAGAGGGUUUUUGUACUGAGAUUUUUUUCUUUUAGAACCCCUUAGCUUUACAAGGGUCUAGAAUCCUGGUUAACCAGGCCAGCAAACAAUCAGCAAGAGCAGUCCCUUCCUCCACGUGUGGGAUUUAGGGAUCUAAAAGGCUUCAUUUGACUGCAUGUGGUAAAUGCCUUGAGCCCUGGUGUGCCAUAUAAAUCAUUAAGUGGUUAAUGUACACCAUGCUGCCUUUAAAAACAAAAUAAAUCUUGAUACUGGACUACUAUGACACAAAGUCUGUGCCAAAUAGAGGGCUGAUGACCAGAGCCACCUGGCCUAGUGCUGGGAAGGGGCUGAUUCAGACAUUAUUCAGCAAAGGUGGAGUGGAUCAUAUAAAUAAGAAUUACAGGGCAUUUUUUUUUACAACUGACUCAAUGCUGUGCAUGAUCAUGCUGGUGCUUGACCAUGAGGUGAAAAAUCUCAUCCUUUAAAAUGUGUGUUGUAAUUUCACGAAGCUGGAUUGUUGCU